AUGAAUGGAAACGACAUGCUUUUAUUCAUUCUGCCUCUAACAUUUCGGAAAGAUUCAUCUGCCAAACACAUGUCUUGGAUAACGAGCAUAAAAAAUUUCGAUCACUUCAAAGAUAACGCGGACUACAUAAAGGCAAUUUACAGCACUUCUUUGGCAUAUCUUCGGGAUUAUUCUCCUGAAAUAUUUUUAAGUGAAAGUGAAUAUUACGACAAUUUCGGUUAUGGCAAAUGUUAUGGUUUAACAAAUUCAUCUGUACAAUGUGAACUCGCUACCGCAGAUUUUAACCUGAAGUCAGCACCUUACAAAAAACGAUUGGUAUGGCAUUUUAAAGAGUUUUGUUGUAAAACAAGUGCACAUGGAAUACCAAUGAUUAGUCGUGCACAAAACAAGUACUACAGAACAAUAUGGGUAUUACUUUUUCUCGGAUGCUUGACGAUGUUGUAUCAUAAUGCUGAAAGUGUUCUCGACAAAUACCAUCGAAAUGAAAAAAUUGUCGAUAUUCAGCUGAAGUUUGAUACGGCGCCAUUUCCUGCUAUUACUUUGUGCAAUUUGAAUCCUUAUAAAGCUAGUCUUGCAACGGACGUAGAUGUCAUUCGCAGAAUGCUAACGGCAUUUGACGGUGCACUGAAUAAAGCAAGUCGGACUAUUUCGUCCAAUAUUAACCAGAGAAAGCAAAGAAAUGCUGGUACUGUGGCAAAGGCUCAAAAAGCUUCAAUGUUUGAACCGGGGUACUCAAAAUGUAUAUGCGACGAUUCGAUUGACACUGAAAAUGAGUGUGAGGGUGAGAAGCAUAAAUAUGAAAAGCCAAAAAACAAUCGUGAGAAAUGCAUAUGCGCGUUUGAUAGAAGUACAAAAGAUGCUUGGCCCUGUCAUCUCGAUAUUUACUGGUCAAAGAAUAUGUGUCAAAGAUGUGAUUCUCGAGCAUUCUGCGAGCGUGUGAGCAUGAAGGGACAACAAAAUAGCAGCAUUCCAUGUAUAUGCGCACCGUCUGGUGUUUUCUGUGUUGCCUAUGAUGGUGAUUCUGAUAUAAUCAAUAUCUGGGAAUAUCUGAAAGAUGGUGAAUUCGCUGAAGACUCGACAUUUGUUGAAGCAAUGGGUUUUGAUGGGAUGACUGAUGAGGUAGCAAUUGUAACAAAAGCCAAAGAGAACAUCAUAUUUGCAAUGGCAGCCUUACCAAUGAAAGAUCGACAAAGAAUUUCAACAACGAAACGUGAACUAGUCCAUAAAUGUUCAUUUAACGGAAUCGCUUGUAACAUCGACCACGAUUUCUUAACUCACGUUGAUCCGAACUUUGGGUCAUGUUUUACUUUCAACCAUAACCGAAGCAUGAAUUUAACUAGUCUUCGAGCAGGCCCGAUGUAUGGUCUUCGGAUAUUGCUGUAUGUAAAUGAAUCGGAAUAUAUGCCGACGACAGAAGCUACCGGAAUUCGACUUACAAUUCAUGACAAGGAAGACUAUCCGUUUCCUGAUACGUUUGGGUAUUCUGCCCCGACUGGAUACAUUUCUUCUUUUGGACUUAGAUUGAAGCGAAUGACAAGGCUUCCGGCACCUUAUGGCGAUUGCAUUCCUGAUGGAAAAACUUCAGACUAUAUCUAUGAGAAUUACGACUACUCUGUUGAGGGCUGUUAUCGUUCAUGUUUUCAACAGCUUGUUCUAAAGGACUGUCAGUGUGGCGAUCCAAGAUUUCCAUUACCGCCUGGACAUAAACAUUGCAAAGCAACGGAUCCUUCAGCCCGACGUUGUUUGGACAAGCGCACAAAUGAAUUAGGCGAACUGAAUGGAAGUUUUCACUGUCGCUGUCAACAACCUUGUAAGCAGUCCAUUUAUUCAGUAACUUAUUCACCAGCUAAAUGGCCAUCACAUUCCUUGAAUGUACAAUUGGGCAUCUGUAACGGUACACCAGCUGAAUGUAAUAGACAUUAUAAGGAAAAUGGUGCCAUGAUUGAAGUGUUCUACGAACAGCUCAAUUAUGAAAUGCUCACUGAAUCUGAAGCCUAUGGUUUCGUAAAUUUAUUGGCCGAUUUUGGAGGACAGCUUGGUCUUUGGUGCGGUAUUAGUUUUCUCACGUGUUGCGAAUUUAUUUUUCUACUUUGCGAAACGGCUUAUAUGUCUGCGCAGUACAAUUAUAUCUUGUGGAAGAAGAAAAAGGAAAAAGCGAGAGAAUUGGACAAUCACAAUAAUUUACUGUGA